AGGUCACACAGACAGUUUCAGUGUUGCCUCUGUGAGUGUGUUUGUGUUCUCCUGCAGUCUCUGAAAUCUAACUCUGUUCAUACUGAGCUGUCUGAGCUUCAGGAUGACUCGCUGGGCCCUUCUCACUCCCCUUCUGCUCCUGCUGGGCCUGUUCAUCCACAGUGCUGUCAGUCAAGAGGCCGAGGACCCAGCAGCAGCACCACCACCACCACCACCACCACCCGGCCAGGCCGCUGAUGGCACACAGGCAGAAGAUGAGAACCAAGAAUGGGGAAUGAACUCUCUCCGAGGCAGCUUUGAGGCCGUCAGUGGCUACUUUGACUCGAUGCUGGAGUUCAUGGGUGGACGUGAUGGAGUGUGCCAAUACCGCUGUAGAUAUGGUAAAGCUCCUCUUCCUCGUCCUGAAUAUCAGAUGCCAGUACCUGAUGGAUGUAGCUCCUACUUCUUUGGACUUCCUGUUCCAGAAGGGAUGGACGUGGGCAUCCCUGCCAUGACUAAGUGUUGUAACCAGCUGGAUAUGUGCUAUGACACCUGUGGCUCCAACAAGUACCGCUGUGACUCCAAGUUCCGCUGGUGCCUCCACAGCAUCUGCUCUGACCUGAAGAAGAGCCUGGGCUUUGUGUCAAAAGUUGAAGCAUGUGAAACAGUAGCAGACACCUUGUUCAACACGGUGUGGACUCUGGGCUGCAGACCCUACAUGAACAGCCAGAGGGCAGCGUGCUACUGUCAAGGAGAGGAGAAAGAUGAACUUUAACUGAGAUUGAAAGGCAAACCGCUCUCCUAUUUAUAAAACAGUAUCAACUACAGAAACAUCAGAUGAUGGAGUUCUGAGUUAUAGUGUUGCAAAGACUGCUGUGUGACUACUUGAGUAAUUUAUUCAGAAGGUCUUGUUCUGGUUGUGUUCAAAGUUGUUGUUUUACUUCACAAAAAAUUGGAUGUUAUUGUUAAAAAUUCAACCACACACUGAGUUGCAAGUCAAAUCUGUGUUUGUUUCUAGCCGUGCAUGCAUGCUGGCUGUAGUGCUGGUAUUAAUUGGUAACAGCAUAUGAGUGUGGUAAAAAGGAAAAAUGCCAAUGUAAAGACAGCCUUUGCAUCAUACUAAGAGUGUGUUCCCAUGUCAUGGUAUAAGGAUAGUCCACCACAUGAAUAAAUGUUGUUGACUCAUA